AUGCCUACCCGUAAACCUAACAAGAGGAUUCGAAUCAAAGCAAAAGCAGAAGAACAUCAAAUCCAUGUCGAUAGAUUGAGAAGCCUUCCCGACCAUAUUCUUCACUACAUCCUCUCCUUCUUUGACUCCACCAAACUCGCGGCUCAGACCGCCGUCCUCUCCACCAGGUGGAGGUACCUGUGGACGCACGAUCACAGUCUCAUCCUCGACACCGAUGAGUCCUUCAACCCUACGAAUUUCGCCAUGAUUGUCAAUGAAGUCAUGUACAACCGCUCGGAAGAAUGUAACAUCGACAGCAUUGACUAUAUUCACUUGAAAUACAAGCCGGACAAGAAACUGCCCAACAGGGCUGUGAGAUUCGCUGCGUCUCGCGACUGUCAGCAGUUCUGCCUUUGUGUUCCCCAUGAUGCUGGAUCUCUCGAUUCAAGAUCUACUGGGUUCGCGAUGCCGAGAGAUUUGGAUUUGGACGAGUGUUGGUUGUCCGGUCAAAAUGAAUUGGUUGUCCUCGAUCCUUUCGCCAACUUCUCCUGCUUGGAGAAUACUGAUGCGCCGAAUCUGAAAUUCUUUGAUUUGUGGGAGGAAUUGGAGUACUCCAAGUUGUACCAAUUCAACCUUCCUUCACUUGAGCUUGCUGAUAAUUGGGUGAAAUGUCGCGGUCUUGUCAAAAGGAACAAGGAUGUGGAUGGUUACGUGCCUGACAGGUUACCUUACCAUGUGAUGAGUUACUUCCUGAGUGGCUCCUCCAACCGUGGAUCAUCGUAUCUUGAAUUUGUCUAA